AGUUUCAAUGGCGUGGCAGGGGCUGACGGCCGAGUUCCUGCAGGUGCCCGCGGUGACGCGGGCCUAUACCGCGGCGUGCGUCCUUACCACCGCUGCUGUGCAACUGGAGCUCCUCAGCCCCUUCCAGCUCUAUUUCAACCCGCACCUCGUGUUCCGGAAGUUCCAGGUCUGGAGGCUCGUCACCAACUUCCUCUUCUUCGGGCCCCUGGGAUUCAGCUUCUUCUUCAACAUGCUCUUCGUGUUCCGCUACUGCCGCAUGCUGGAGGAGGGCUCCUUCCGCGGCCGCACGGCCGACUUCGUCUUCAUGUUUCUCUUCGGGGGCGUCCUCAUGACCCUGCUAGGGCUCCUGGGCAGCCUGUUCUUCUUGGGCCAGGCCCUCACAGUCAUGCUGGUGUAUGUAUGGAGCCGCCGAAACCCCCGAGUGAGGGUCAACUUCUUCGGCCUCCUCACCUUCCAGGCACCAUUCCUGCCCUGGGCACUCAUGGGGUUCUCUCUGCUGCUGGGCAACUCGAUUCUCGUGGACCUGCUGGGGAUUGCUGUGGGCCACAUUUACUACUUCCUAGAGGAUGUCUUCCCCAACCAACCUGGAGGCAAGAGGCUGCUGCUGACCCCCAGCUUCCUGAAGCUGCUGCUGGAUGCCCCACAGGAGGACCCCGAUUACCUGCCCCUCCCAGAGGAGCAGCCAGGACCCCUGCAGCAAUGACCCUACCCAGGGCCAAGGCCAGCCCCAACCCCAGCCCCAACCCCAGCGGCCUGUUUUCCUGGCCUCUGGCAGGCCUCCAUUCCACCCCUAACUCCCGCUUACAGGAGAGCAACCGGUCCUGGAGACUGGGCUGGUGCCCAGGGCCCACCCAAAUAAACAGAAUGACCUGCGUCUCUUUGCCCACA